CAGGCAUGGAAUCGUCCACAAAGGACGCAUGCAUCAGCGUCAGGACUACGGAAUACAUGAGCUUGCUUCGGAACCUGUGCGAAAUGAAAACAACGCCGAGCUUUACCGACGUGGCCGCCAUAUUCCGGGAAUUCCGCCGUUGCCUUAAUCACGAAACGGCCAAGCGUUCUUCGUUGUCACCGCCGUAUUCGCCCCGUGCUUCAAGGAUGCGUGUAGGCAACACUGUUGAUGCCAGCGAUUCGGCCUUUGACCGCUCCUGCACGUGGGAUCCAGACAAGGAGCGCUGUUGGAUCGUGUCCGACCUGGAGCUGUGGAACAGUAUUCUUGUCCGGGGCAGCAUCGAACUCCGCGAGCACGCGUGGGGCGAGCUCACGCUGCAGGGCUGUGGGGGCUUAAUGAGCCAUCCGGAACGUCAGGACGUGCUUCGUGCCUCCUUCCUCAUCCACCUGCUACUGCGGCAACACAGGUGCGUAACUGCCAUCAGUUUGGACAUGUCUACGACCCUGCUGGAGACCCGCGUCCUGUGGCACGCCAUAAGGACCGGCGCAGCUGUUGUCAAGUUACUGGAAAUAAAAAGCCCCUCAUUUGAUACGUUGACUGCAGCCGAGAACGCUUGGCCUCGGGCAGCAGCCGCACUGACGAACCUCGUGCAUCUGUAUAUCUCCAGCGCCUACAUUACCGAGCAACUCGCGCGCGCACUUGGUGUCUACGUGGAGCACGCCUCUGUUCUCACCACUCUCAUUUUGGUUGAUAUCAAGGUCAAGGGCACCCUGUACUGUAGUCCCUCGGCACUACUGGAGGCUGUGGUCCAGAGCCCAACGCUGACAUCAUUGUCCGUGCAAGAAUGCUUGAUACGCGCCGAAGAUAUCGCAGCUAUGGCCGCUGCACUGACGCUCUCUUCACGGCCUCCCACGCUGGACGCUGGGGACACGACAGACGUGGGACCACGAGUGAACUCCCUGAAGAAACUUGAAUUUCGAGGAUGCAUGGGCGACGGCCCGCGUGUGCAGGCAGCUUACGCCGACCUCAUCGGAGGCAAGUAG